AUGUUACUUUAAAACCUUUUAUUUAUUAACUUAUGGUACUCUGUUCAGACUGAUCAGAACAGGAUUGCAGAAUUUGAAUUUUGCGUAACUUCAAACAUUAAAUUUAGCACUGCAGUGAACUUUACAUAUGCGAGUUGCAACUUUUAGAGCUCUUAUUUAUCUUAUUUAUUUUUCCUGGUACCGCAUCAGGCCCUCACACUGUGGUUCUCUCUAUUCAACCCCCACCUCCCCCCGAUUCCGAGAAAUGAUGGGGUGCCACCUCCACCUCCUAAUAUGGUCAAAAGUAGUUGAGACUUACAUAAGCUGGACUGAACAACAGGUUGUGGAGCACGUAAUCAGCAGCUGGGCUGCCUGAUAAGCAAAAAUUUGCACCGCACGUGUGCGGCUGGAGUUGAUAAGCAACAUGUCAACAUGCACGUACCCAAAAACACUGUUUUUAGCUCCUACAACACAUCAUCCAGCGCUGAUCACCCACCCACGGAGCUCCCAAACCUCGGCUCUGCUUUUUGCACUCUCCAAGUGCUCAAACUGAGAGCCAUACGCAGCCUCUCGCUGCAAACUCAAGACGUCUUCUCACAGGCCUCACUACUGCUUUGCAAACACUCUUAAAUUUGUUACUCCUCGAGGACGAACCGAACUCAGCAAAGACUUCAACUUCUUAUACAGGCCUCUUUUUCUCUUUUUACUUUGCCACAAACUCUUAUUAAAUUUACCAAACCCCAGGGGAAAGACCGAAUUACAGGCAAAGCUCAUUUCUCACAACUUCAGCGCUUUUUCUUCAGGAUCCCCGUCUCUGCUCUUACCGAGUCAGGAGACUGGAUUUCUCAAAACCUUGUCAGCUUUUCAGAUUCUAUUCCAAUCUGCUGUCCCACCUUUCAAUUUGACACUUAAAAUUUGUCCGUCAUCAAAAUGACACAGCUGACUUCACACGGUGUGAAUAUUUUACCACUGUCAGACAUGAAUCCUCUCUCCAACUGAUAUUUAUAGUAUUAUCAGAACAGGAGAACACCCCUGCCCAGUGACAGAGGCCACAAAAAUGAACAAAAACAUGCUCACCUGGGCCCUUAGUACGGACCUCAGCCACUGGACAGGAGCCAAGGGACGCCACGGAAAGUCCUCGCUGUUCACCCAUCUGGGGUGCCAACAUGUGGGCAAUUUCUGUUAUUCUUAAAGAAAAGAGUCGGAGAGAGUUUUUCAGUCGAGAACAGCGUGGUCUUUUAUUUGUCUCCUCACAUCUCAGGACAGCCGGAAAGACCCCGACAAAAGAGUGGUUCCCCUUUUUAUAGCUCACAUCUCUUCUGUGGAAACUGUGGGUGGAGACUUCUGUCUGGGACACAGCAACACUUUUGGAAUCACAUCAAGUAUUUAGCAAGUCAGAUAAGCUUUAAGCAAUGUUACUGGAAGCAAGCAGAGACCAAAAAAGGAAAUUCCUUUGGAGCUGAUGUUGGAACAGCACACGAACUCUAGCCAGAAAACACUUUCAACCUAAGAACUCAGCUUUAACUCAAUACAUUUUGUAGAUGACCUCUUGACCUUUUUGGCACCAACAACGUCACGUGCAGACUUAAGGUCUGUUGCGACGGACGUGCUGUGGGCUCCUGGAGUCAGGUAAACGGCCAGGUAACAGUGAGUGGGUUAGUCCACAUAGUACUGUUGUCCAAAACGUUUUUUUUUUUAAUCUUUACUAAUCACAAUUCCUUAGGGGUACAUUAACAUGAACAUGAUUACUAAUCACUGAUUUACAUUUUAGUACUGAUUUACAUUUCUGUUUUUUAUAGUAUCUUUGAAGUUGAUUUAAGAGUGAAUAUUUCUUUUGUGAUUAUCAAUUCUUUGAUUUAUCUCACAGGGCUAUAACCAAUUUUGCCCCUGUCCUGACAGCGUGUAUUUCCAGUGAGGUUUCACUGAUACCAGUUAGGGUUUCUUUCAUUUUUCUGCUUCUCGCAUCAUCCUUUUUGCACCUAACACAGACAGGGCUGCAUCCAUUUCUUCACUUAAUGGGUAAUUACAAAUAAAACUAACACAUAGUACAACAGGUACUCAUAGAGUUAGGUUUUUCAUUUUUUUUUGAUGACAUGAAAUGCAAUUUUGUCGUGUCUACAUUGAAGUGCCUGCACUGUGCUCUCUCUCCUCUGCUGAGCUUGUGAGGAUCCUGCUUCCUGGGGGUGGAUCCGUGACUCGUCAUCUGCAUCGACUACUCCUGGGGGGUGCUCCGGCUCGUUGGCCUUGGACGACUGUGGUUCCGGCAUGGCUGCUGGGACACCUCAUUCAUUGGGAUUACUGUCAACUGCUCUUCCCUUUUUGUGGAUUACGAUAAGUACUCUUUCAAAGUUCAAUUUUUAUUUGGAAUAUUACCCUGCCUGCGGAUACAACGAUCGAUUUUUAAUUGGAAUACUACCCUGUUCGUGGAUACGUACAAGAUUUGCUCCUGCUUUGCUUUAUUGCCCGUGAGGAUAUAAAGUUGCUGUUGCUUCGUUUAUGGCUUCCAUGGGGAAUAAUUAAUAACCUGCUGACUUGUGUUCUUCCUGAGGAGUAUGCGAGACUGUUCUUCGGCGUGGGGUUCGUACCUCACCACAGAUGGCUGUUCCCUUGGGAUCACAUCCUGUUCUGUUGUCAAGAUUCUUCAUAACUUGGGUUUGUUCAACGACCAAGUGGUCUCUUGAAGGACCACACUGACCUUGAAAAGGGGGGAUAUGUAACGUUAUGAACUUCAGAAUUUUCAGCUCCACACAGCUGCCCCUGUACACAGUAACACCCGUGUAGAAAACGCCAAGGUCGGGUGUUCCUCAGACUGUUUACAUUCCAGGAGAAGAGCCAGAAGGAGAAGAAGAACGCUUUUCAAUAAUCAAAGUACUUAAUUUGUGAUUAAAGCUAUUCGAAACAUAUGUUGAUCAAUAAUAAUCAAGUGAAUGAUCUGUGGAAUAAAGAUGUCAUGAUUUAUGUGUUUAAUGAAAACAGGACUACUGCACAGACAGACUGACCCUCAUCUCCAUAGAAACGCAUGACACAUUGUUCCAACCAAUCAGAGCUUUCGGCUGCCGCAAGAGAAUCUGGCUUGUUGACUUAAAGUGUCCAUUCCGCUUUACUAAAACUUAUCAACAAUUCAGAGAUAUAAAACAAGGCAACGCCAUUUUAAGCUCAGUUCCAUUUUGACUUCAGUUCUAUUCACCGUCAUCCCAAAGAGAAGCACAGCCUGGCCAGAUGUGUUUUCUUCUUUAAACUAAGAACUGUGAAGUUGGAGAUUUUCGUCGUUUAACAACCAGACGACAUCAUUUCAAAAUAAGAGCACCUGCUGACGCUGCCGAUUGUUACCUGGGUCGACCCUUCAGACGGGCUUUGAAACGCUGUGACCGCGGUUUCGACCAGCUCCAGCGCACAUCCGAGGUCUUCAGACCUGGCAUUUCCUGAUCUACCUGGGAGGCCCCCACUGGGUACGUACACGGCAAAAUAGCAGCUCAUGUCAUCACUUUAUAAGCCUCGUGAUAUCUAGUCAUAACAAUCAGACUACCAGAUUCAAUGACGUCAGCCUAAGGAGUCUGAACCAACCACAAACACACACACACAUCGAACAUCACAUUCAUUUCCAAACAACACAGAGUUAGUCCUGAUAGAUUGUAGAAUUUAUAAUAAAAUUCUUAAACGAUCCCAACUCUCUCUUUUCUUGUCUCAAGGUCAAUACAGAGUGUUAAAUGAACUCCCUGAUGAUAAAAACAACCUAUUCUUCUGAUUAUAAAAACUAGAUCUACUUACAGUAUAUUAAAAUACAACUCUAGAUCGUUACAUCACUCUAUUUCUCUACAGAAAUAAUAAUAAAAGUUGGGUAAAUCCAGUCCUCCUCUGUCUUUGGUUUUCUGAAGCGUUUUUAAGCUAAUUCGUGGAGGUUUAUCCUGCCAAAGGAAUUUUGUAAUUGAGGAGUCCAGAGAUUUAAACCAGUCAGCUGGUGGUUUGUUUGGGAUCAUUGAAAAUAAGUAAUUUAUUCUGGGUAAGACUAUCAUUUUAAUUGUAGCAACUCUCCCCAUGAGUGAUAUUGGUAAGGAUUUCCAUCUUGCAAGAUCAUCUUCCUUCUUCUAUCACUGGCAAAUAAAAAGUGAGACAGAUGACACAACCGCCCCCCGUACUUGCUUGUUACCGCAUUCCACCCGGCCACAAUAAAAAAAACGGCCAUUAGUCACCUCCGCCGACUCUGACACUGGCCAAAAAUGAUGCCCGGCAGUUAAUUAAAUACAGGCUAAUAUCAGAGGACUUACGGUAAUUCACCACCUGCUCCUCUUGCUAUAAAAGAUCCAUUCAGCUACCCAGUCAUUGCCAGAUUAUUGAAAGCUUUGCAAGUAAAUUCUCCAGCCUGUUUACUCACCUUGUCUUCUGAUCCCGAACCCUGCUCCGUUCCUGACCUCGUCUCUUGGAUUUACCCUGUCUGCUCCGCUGCUGCUCUGAUCCUCUGGCUCCGACUCUGCUCCGUCCCCGACCUCGUCUCUUGGAAUUCCCCUACGGACUAUUCUCUAUUUCAGAUCUCCUGGUAACGACCUCCUGCCUCCUGACCUAGCCUCUGCCUCUCUCCUAUUAAUAAACAUCGUUAAACUGUCAUUCUUUGUUGGGUGUUUUUACGGAUCCGCCAGUCAGCUCGUGACAGAAUAAUCUGGCCACAAUGGAUCCGACCCCAACAUCAGAGUGACGUGUUAGUGUGGAGACGGCUAUAAACAAACUGGAGAACAAGACUGAGGACAUGCUAAACCUGCUACGAGCUAACCAACAGAGAUCACCGCCAGAUGCUUCCGGUUUAACUCCAGACUCCGCCAUCCUGCCCUGAAGUUCUCCUAUUCUUGAGCCACGCCUGGUUCCGCCUGAAGUUUUCCGAGGUGAAUCGAAGAACUGCCAUGCAUUUCUUACACAAUGUGAGAUUCAGUUUGAGCUACAGCCCUCCUCUUUUUCCACGGAGCGAUCUCGAGUGGCAUACGUCAUUUCCUUGUUAUCAGGAUAAGCCAGAGUUUGGGGAACUGGAGAAUGGGCAAGAAAUUCUGGGAUCUGUUACAAUUACCAUGAUUUUGCUCAUGAACUUAUAAGGAUUUUUAUCCAUUAUUACCUGGUCGUGAAGCCACCCGCAAACUCAUGACGUUAAAACAGGAUAACAGAAGGGCCACGGAUUACAUCAUUGACUUUCAUGCUAUUUCUGCUACCAGUGACUGGAAUUAGCCCGCUCUUAUGGACAUGUUCUAUCAAGGUCUUUCUGACAGAAUCAAAGACGAAAUGGCCACCCGAGAAUUUCCCAAGACCUUGGUAGAACCGGAGAACCUAGCUACAAGAACUGACCUUCGACUCAUGGAAUACAGGAGAGACAGAACAACCCGGAAUUUUAAUCAGCCUGCAUCAAUCCCUUACCGUCCUGCUCGACAGUCAUCCUCAGGUGAAUUGUCUAAGGUUGGUGGUUUUUUUUCCACUCCCAUCAGGACUGAGGAACCAAUGCAACUUGGCAGGUCACAACUAUCACAGAAGGGAAGACCAGAAGGAGGAAUCUUAAUCUGUGUUUGUAUUGCGGCAACCUGGGGCACAUGGUUCGGAACUGCCUGUUAAAAGGACAGACCCAGUAGAUAUCCAGAGGCGUCUACUGGGUCACAUUAAUCCUAAAUCCUCGUCCAGACCUCCAGUAACUGCCAUUUUUUCCCACAAAAACCAAGAGACGAAGCUCCCAGUAUUUAUUGACUCUGGCGCAGACACGGAGUUUAUGGACUACAACAUGGCCAAGACUCUGGGAUUGGAGCUUCAACCCAUGUCAGGAACUCAGGAGAUUCUGGCUAUCGACAGCCACACUAUGUAUCGUGCCACCCAGGAGACGGAGCCUUUAAAUAUGAGGAUUGAAGGUAACCACACAAAGACUUUAAAAUUUCUGGUUAUUAAAUCUCCAAGCAUUCCUAUCAUUCUGGGCAACACCUGGUUACAAAAACACAACCCACAAAUUGACUGGUACAAAGGAAAGGUUCUUCAAUGGUCUGCUCACUGUCAUCAUAACUGUUUAAACUAUGCUUCUCCUCCUACUCAAUCUGUUCAGGAUCCCCAAUAAAUCUACCCUGACCUUUCCAAAGUACCCAAGACUUACCAUGAUUUGAAGGAGGUUUUCAGCUAACAUCGUGCCACCUCUCUUCCACCUCACCGCCCAUAUGACUGUGCCAUCGACCUAUUACCUGGUACUUUUCCUCCUAGGGGCUGUUUGUUUUCCCUCUCCAUUCCGGAACAAACUGCCAUGACCAAAUACAUUAAGGAAUCGCUACAGGCAGGACUUAUCCGACCAUCCUCCUUCCCAGCCGGUGCUGGGUUUUUCUUUGUGGAAAAGAAACAUGGAUUCCUUAGGCCUUGUAUCGACUAUCGAGCCCUGAAUGACAUCACCAUAAAAAAUCGCUAUCCCUUACCACUCAUAAACGCCGCCUUUGACUCUCUUCACGGAGCCUGAAUAUUUACAAAACUGGAUCUACGCAACGCUUACCACUUGGUUCGCAUACGUGAAGGAGAUGAAUGGAAGACUGCUUUUAACACCCCCACAGGCCAUUAUAUAUAGUAUCUCGUCAUGCCAUUUGGACUAACUAAUGCACCUGCUGUUUUUCAGGCCCUCAUCAAUGAUGCUCUUAGAGACAUGGUGGGCAGUUGUGUGUUCGUCUAUCUCAAUGACGUUUUGGUAUUUUCUCCUGACCCAGAGACCCACCAGACACACGUACAUGCCGUACUCCUCCACCUCCUCCAGAAUAACCUGUUUCUCAAAGCUGAAAAAAGUGAAUUCCAUUGUACCACUGUCUCUUUCCUUGGUUUCACUAUCUCUCCCAAUCAGAUUGCCAUGGAUCCUGCCAAAACUUCUGCCGUUGUCAGCUGGCCCGUUCCCACAACCCGUAAACAGCUCCAACGAUUCCUAGGGUUCGCCACCUUCUAUCGGAGAUUCAUAAAGGGAUACAGUAAGAUCACUACACCUCUGCAUGCCCUCACUUCCAGCAAGGCCAGUUUUCAAUGGAAUAAGUCAGCCACUCAUUCCAAAAACUCAAAGACAUGUUUACAUCUGCACCGGUCCUGCAUUUACCCGAUACCACAAGACAGUUCAUUGUUGAAGUUGAUGCCCCAGCCUUUGGAGUUGGGGCCGUCCUCAGUCAGAAAUCCAAGGACAAUAAAUUACAUCCAUGUGCAUUUUUCUCCAAGACUCUUUCAUCCACAGAGUGCAAUUAUGAUGUUGGAGAGCUUUUGGCCAUCAAACUUGCACUGGAAGAAUGGCGGCAUUGGCUGGAGGGGGGCUGUUACACCAUUCAUUGUGCACAGCAAAUUGAAAAGAGUCUUACCCUGCACAUAUUUCCUGUUUAAAAAUGCACCAUGAGGAGUCGUUGCCUGGCCAACCAAGACACAAACUGCAUGCCCACACCGCCUCAGGCUUUGAGAUUCCCCGCUAUCAUACACACAUUCACAUGACACACCCAUAUACAAACACACCUUGAUGGAGCAUGUGUCCUAGUUCCUGAUAACCACUCUAGCUCUUUAGCUUCAGAGCAGCCAUUGGAGUUUGAUGAUAUCUGUCCACCUCCUUUAUCAAAGAGGGAAAAAGGCAUUUUGGAGGAGCCAAGCAGCCCUGAGCUAUAUCGCUUUGUACCGAUGGCUUGUGUUGCCCCAGGCUACUGGUGCAGAGCCAUAAACACUCACUUGCUAUUCCCAUUCUAACUUGCUAUGUAUAAUUGGCUGAGCUUCAGACUCUGCUGCUGACCACAUAUGGAAACGGUAAUGUCACUGGGUAUCUUUUAGCCAAUAGCAAUUGCUUAUUAAAAUUCAAACUUUUUAUCUGAAGAGGGCGCUACCCUAACAGUUUUACACAGAAUAUUUAUAUUUUAAAUUCGAUUCACUAAAAUGCCAAAAUAGUGACUACACAUGUCUACACCAUUAUUAGACAGUUAUUUAUAGGUUAUCAGCAAAAAAAAAACAAAAAAAACCAAAAAAAAACUUGAUUUCAGGAUGAAUUGAUCAAAUGUAAAGACUUUUCUUUUCUUUUCUGUAGGAGCACUUUUUUGAUUCCAAAAGUAAUGAAGGCUACAUCGCUUGGAAACUAAAAACAUGCAGCGUGAACUCCAUGGUGGCAGGAGAAGGAGCAGCACAAGUAGAGAUCCAUCAAGCAACAGAGGACCACAAUUUGGAAGACCCGUGACUGCAGAGCAUCAGUUGGAGGGCGAUCUGUUCAGAGAGGCCAUUUCCCUGCUGAGGCACAGCACAGAUGAAAGCCAUAUCUUCUUGAAAAUGGAACAAACAUUUAAGCACAGACAAGAACUAAUUCAGGAUUCUGAGAAGUGUGAGACCAUCCUUAGUGUGUUCCCAAGAUUCCUGGACACAAAAGGCCUGGUAAGUCCGCUUUGGAUAUAGCGUCUUAAGCUGCAGGCUUUGUCGUCUUAUUUCAGAAUAGUGGGUCAUGACUGUUUUAAUUAGCUCAAAAAGAUUAGCAGACUUUAAAAUGUCUUUGUUUGCUGAACUGUGCAGUUUCCAAAUUUGUGUGUGGUUUUGUUUGUUUUUAAGGUGGUACAGGUUUUCCAGAUGAUGUUUGGAGAAGAAGUCUCACCAAAACUAAUGGAAAAAUGGGGAACCUCUUUGAAGGUGAAAGUCAUCAAAGAAGCCAACAACCUCACAAAGACACCGGUCCUGGAGUCUCUCAUUCAGUCUGCAGUGGAGAGCCCAGAAGGAAAUGAUGAAUCAAGUUUACAUUUGAAUGAUCUCUUCCCCACCACCACCACCAUUCAUUUUGGAAUGCAAAAAGAAGAAAUAACUAUUUUUUUAUUUCAAAAUAUCAAAACUUACUUGGCUGAAAUGUCUUGGGACAGUGACAUGGCAGCUCUGUUAUUGCUGGUUUACCUCCUACCUCCACCACCCGGUGGGAAGAAGAGACCUGUAAAGGUCACCGUUCGAGAAGCUCUGAGCCAUGUUGUCUGCUUUCACAAAUCAUGCCGCAACCUUCAAGAGACGACCAGUUCAGUCCAGGGGAGGCAGCCCUACAUUCUGGCGGUUGGAACAACACGUCGCACCAUCAAUGACUACUACAUUGUGGUGGAUGGUCAGCUCAUUCCCUGCAAGGCUAAGUCCUCUAUUUCAGCCUUUGACGAACUUUUCAAAGUGCACUAUGUGUUUGGCAUCUCUUACGAUCAGGCCCUGCACAAUAUGUAUACAUUUGUGCAGACCACCAUUUAUAAUAUAGAUGUUGGUCUGUGUCAUGAAAGUCCUAGGGUGAAGGAUCUUAGAGCAAAGCUCCUCAACUGAAUCAGCUACACAAAAAGAUGUUUCGAUGUUUUGUUUGCAAGUCUACCUUUUGCACUGUCAAAGGCUUGGUUUGGCAUCUGAAGUUUUCUCCUGGAUUUUACCCUGGUUUGAAAUUUAAACCAGCCUGGCUGAUAACCUGCACGUUGACAUGAACUCUGAGGUUGAUGUGGUAUCUUGGGUUGCAUGUUAUGGAACUGAGUAUCACCCUGGACUUGUUGUGUGCUCAAAGAUUGAAGGGGUAAUACCAUGUAUUCAGUCAAAUAAGUGAAAUUAUUGUUUGUGCUGGUAAAUAUUUUCUGGCAGUGGAACACCUUGAGACGCUGGGAUUUGCUGAGCAUUUUCACUCGUACCAUGUGGCAAAGGGAAGUGAGUUUGAUACUUCUCUGUUGAGGGUUGAUUUGUUGCAGUUUUUCAAACCAUUUGAUCUUCAGACAACUUACGGGUUUGAGAGGAAUGAUUUGUAUGUGGUUCUUGUGCAUGUGCUGUUAUAGCAGACAUCAAAAAAGUAAAAGAUUUUUGUUUUAGGAUAGGUCCAGUUUGGUACAAACUUGGGUGAUAAAGCACCUUUGUUUUAGAGACAACACCAGUUUAUGAAACAGAUUCUGCUUCUUUGCAUCAUUUGUUCCUCAUUUUGAGGUUCAUUACUUGUACUCAUGAUUCAUUGAACAGUAAACGUAAAGACCAUGCGCUUAAGUGUCUGAAGGAUGUCCUUGGGUUUCUCACAAUUUUUGGAACAAAUUGUAACACAUUUUAGUGUUUCUAUUUUCAAAUAAAUAUUAGAAAAUUCUGUGGUCAGUUGCUUAUUGCUGUUCAUUUAUCUUUAAAGUGCUCUUGAUUUCAAAUUAAAAUGCUGAAAUGGACUAUUUCAGUGAUUAACUCCCUUUGCAGGGUGUUAUUGGACUCCAUAUGGUCCACAUUAGACACUGUUGGAGUUCUUUCUACAAUUUAAGAGUAAAUUUUACACCAAACUCAGUGAUCAUUUGGGUCCAAGUGUCCAGUGUUAAAACAACACUGGACACCGGAGUUAAACAAAUAACACUAGAAUAGUGUGGAAUCUUUGACACUUUGAGAGUA